UUCGGAACCGCAAUGGUUAGGUCUCGUCGUACAUAAGCCACAGAAACAUAGAUUAGAGACAGAAGCUUCUGAUAAUCUCAACCACCAACCCUCAGGGUGACCAGCUUCUAGAGCUAUAGAACAUCGGUUUGCAUACCACCGACGCGUUAGAGCUUGCGUCAAAAUGUCUCCAAUCAAGAGCGUGGCUGUCAUUGGCACGGGGCCUGCGGGCGCCAUUGCCGUGGACGCCCUGAUGCAGGAGAAAGCAUUUGACCGGGUGCGCGUAUUCGAGAGACAGGAAAAAGCCGGUGGGUGCUGGGUUUCGCGGGACGAGAAACAGGUGCCUUUGGAUGUCGAUAAGCUAUCCACAAGGACCGCGGAUGCUCCUCUCCCAAUUCCGUCCGAUUUGCCUGCGUUCACACCAGCAUUGACCCAGCAUCGCUUUACUGACUCCCAUAUCUACCCGAAUUUGCACACCAAUGUGGAUGUUGCGACCAUGGAGUAUUCCCAAGAGUCGAUCCCGACAAUCCGCUCGGAGAUGUCAAUCGCGGUGCAUGGGCCAGACACCCCUUUCCGUCACCACACCGUGAUUCGACAGUAUGUUGAGGAUCUUCUGAACCGCAAUGGUUAUCAAGAUCUUGUAGAAUACAACACGACCGUGGAACGUGCGGUCAAAAACCCCAAGACCGGUCAAUGGGAAUUGGUCUUGCGGCGGGCUGGCAAGCCGGGUGGGUAUGACUACUGGUGGAGUGAGACGUUUGAUGCACUGGUGGUUGCCUCGGGGCACUUUUCUGUGCCUUACGUCCCCUCUAUUCCCGGCCUGAAAGAAUGGAUCGACAAAGACCCAGAGAGCGUGUUGCACACGAAGCAGUAUCGUGGUCCCGAACGCUAUCGCGGAAAGAAAGUCGUCACCGUUGGAGCUUCGGUUUCUGCGGCAGAUACAGCAGUCAGCCUGAUCGGCUCUGCGCAAUCCCCCAUCCACGCUGUGGUCCGGGGUCGGUAUAAUCCUUAUUUCGGGGAUUACGCGUUUAGACACCCGUCAAUCAAUCGCAAACCACCCAUUUCGCGCGUCUCCAGUGACAACGGGCAGAGGACGGUGUACUUCGAAGAUGGGACCUCAGUCUCGGAUGUGGACUAUAUCAUCUUCGGAACAGGCUUCACCUGGGCAUUGCCCUACCUGCCGGAAAUCCCGACCAGAAACAACCGUAUUCCGGAUCUAUAUCUGCAUAUCUUCCACCAGAACGAUCCAACUCUGGCAUUCUUGGGAGCGGUCGGCGCCGGAUUGACUUUCAAGAUCUUUGAAUGGCAGGCAGUGGCUGCGGCGCGGGUCCUGGCUGGCAAGGCCCAAUUGCCACCCUUGAAGGAGCAGCGGAAAUGGGAACAAGAUCGGAUUGCAAAGAAGGGCGAUGGGCCUGGGUUCAGCGUCAUCAACCCGGACUUCCGAGAAUAUUUUGAGACCCUGCGUGAAUUGGCGGGCAAUCCCAAGGUAGGCGAGCCGGGGCGUGUCCUACCCCCCUUUGAACAGGAGUGGUUGGAUUUGUUCAAUGCUGGGCAUGAGCGCCGGAUUCGGAUGUGGCAAAAGGCCAACGAGGCGGCGGCGAAGAGCAAAUUAAUGCCCAUCUCUGGAUCAUCGGCGGCCCUUUGGGCACUGGUUUUGCCAUUCGCGGCAGCCAACUCGUUAUGGUCUAAUUCCCCGGGAAAUUACAGUAGCUUCAUAAGCACUGCAUUUCCGCUAGGAAAUGGACGGUUGGGAGCAAUGCCUAUUGGCUCCUACGACAAGGAGAUUGUUAAUCUCAAUGUCGACUCGUUGUGGCGCGGAGGACCUUUUGAAAGUCCGACAUACUCCGGAGGAAAUCCAAACGUUUCCAAGGCAGGUGCACUUCCUGGUAUUAGGGAAUGGAUAUUCCAGAAUGGGACAGGCAAUGUCUCUGCGCUACUGGGCGAGUAUCCGUACUACGGUUCGUAUCAGGUGUUGGCAAAUUUGACCAUCGACCUGGGCGAACUGAGUGAUAUUGAUGGAUAUUGUCGGAAACUGGACUUGAGUUCGGCUGUUUACUCGGAUCAUUUCACUACCGGCGCGACGUACAUCGAGAGGGAAGCAUUCUGCUCGUAUCCGGAUAAUGUUUGCGUUUACAAACUCAGCUCAAAUUCGUCACUGCCUAGUAUUACAUUUGGCCUCGACAAUCAGCUCACGUCGCCUGCCCCGAAUGUCAGCUGCCAUGGGAAUAGCAUCAGCCUAUAUGGUCAGACUUAUCCCGUUAUCGGGAUGAUUUACAACGCCAGGGUGACUGUUAUCGUUCCUGAGUCAAACAAUACAUCUGAUCUUUGCUCGUCAUCAACUGUUAAAGUGCCAGAGGGAGAGAAAGAGGUGUUCCUUGUUUUCGCUGCCGACACCAAUUACGAUGCCUCCAACGGGAAUUCGGAAGCUAGCUUUUCGUUCAAAGGGGACAACCCGUACACGAAAGUACUUCAAGCUGCUACCAAUGCUGCCAGAAAGACUUACUCUGCACUCAAAUCAUCUCACGUCAAAGAUUACCAGGGCAUCUUCAACGAGUUUACACUAACCCUCCCAGAUCCCAAUGGCUCAGCUGACCGUCCAACUACCGAGCUUCUGACGUCUUACAGCCAGCCCGGUGAUCCCUACGUGGAGAAUUUGCUCUUCGACUACGGUCGGUACCUUUUCAUAUCAAGCUCGCGGCCAGGGUCUCUGCCGCCUAACUUGCAAGGUCUCUGGACAGAAUCCUAUUCUCCGGCCUGGAGUGGGGACUACCAUGCCAAUAUCAACCUACAGAUGAACCAUUGGGCUGUUGAGCAAACAGGAUUAGGAGAACUGACUGAGCCACUCUGGACAUACAUGGCUGAGACCUGGAUGCCUCGAGGCGCAGAGACAGCAGAAUUGUUGUAUGGCACCUCGGAAGGUUGGGUGACGCAUGAUGAGAUGAACACAUUUGGACAUACAGCCAUGAAAGAUGUCGCACAGUGGGCUGACUACCCUGCCACUAAUGCAUGGAUGUCACAUCACGUAUGGGACCACUUCGAUUAUUCCCAGGACGGUACCUGGUAUCGCGAAAAAGGCUAUCCCAUUCUCAAAGGAGCAGCGAAGUUCUGGCUCUCUCAACUUGUAAAAGAUGAGUACUUCAAGGAUGGCACCCUAGUCGUAAACCCCUGCAACUCGCCCGAGCAUGGGCCUACAACCUUCGGCUGCACCCACUACCAACAACUAAUCUGGGAAGUAUUCGACCACGUCCUGCAAGGCUGGACUGCCUCUGGCGACGUUGACACCUCCUUCAAGAACGCUAUCACCUCCAAAUUCUCUACCCUAGACCCAGGCAUCCACAUCGGCUCAUGGGGCCAAAUCCAGGAAUGGAAGCUCGACAUUGACGUCAAAAACGACACUCACCGCCACCUCUCCAACCUCUACGGCUGGUACCCAGGCUACAUCAUCUCCUCCGUGCACGGAUCUAACAAAACGAUUACCGACGCCGUCGAAACCACCCUCUACUCCCGCGGCACCGGGGUGGAAGACUCCAACACCGGCUGGGCCAAGGUAUGGCGUAGUGCGUGCUGGGCGCUCCUUAACGUCACAGACGAAGCAUACUCGGAGUUGUCGCUCGCAAUUCAAGAUAAUUUUGCCGAAAACGGAUUCGACAUGUACUCCGGAUCACCGCCGUUUCAGAUUGAUGCUAACUUCGGGCUUGUGGGAGCGAUGGUUCAGAUGCUUAUUAGGGAUUUGGACCGUUCCAAUGCGGAUGCUCAUGCCGGUAAGACGCAGGCUGUGCUGCUUGGGCCGGCUAUUCCGGCUGCGUGGGGAGGUGGGAGUGCUGAUGGAUUGAGAUUACGGGGUGGUGGUGUCGUGAGUUUCAGUUGGGAUGAUAGUGGUGUUGUCGAUUCAUGCAAGGCGGAUCUUUCUGCCAGGGGGAGUGAUGCCUCUCGCGUGGAGUUCUAUGUUGCGGGUGGUAAGGCGAUCGAUUGCUCGUCAUCGUGAGACUUUCUGCUUCUAUAUUGCCUGGGGCUGGCUACUGGUCCAGCUGGUGUCAACCAUGACAUCUCUGCUAUAUAGUAUGAUUUAAG